AUCGCAGUCUCAUUCCUCUAACAUGGCAUUCAAGGUAUUCGCACUGGCCGCCCUUGUGGUCGUCGCCAUCGCCCGUCCAGAUAGCCCGCCUACCUAUGGCUACUCUGCUCCCACACCCUCUUAUGCACCCGCCAAGUACGACUUCAACUACGCCGUCAACGACCCACCAUCUGGCAACGACUUCGGACACCAGGAAGCCCGUGAUGGCGACAACACACAGGGAUCCUACUACGUCCUUCUUCCCGACGGUCGUCUGCAGAAGGUGACCUACAAUGUGAACGGAGACUCCGGUUACGUGGCUGAUGUGACCUACGAGGGAGAGGCUCAGUACCCCACCCCAAAGGCCUCCUAUGGUCCUCCUCAGCCAUCCUACAAGCCGCCCACCCCUUCCUAUGCUUAAGGAACAGAAAUGAAAUAUUUAUUGAUCUCGGGUCUUUGUAAAUACUAGAUAUUAAACAAGCA